AUGGGCAGACGGGAUCGCUCGCCAGAUUUGCCUCCCCCUCCUCCUAUGGGUAAGCAAUCAGACCCGACCUACCACUUUGACAAUUAUGAAAAUGGAAAGCCAAAAUGGGCGCCUGGAGUAGACCACCAGCGCGACUAUCGCGACUAUCGCAACAGUCGACGGGACCACCGCCGUUCACGCAGAGACGACGACCGACCUCCACGACCCCCACCCCCGCCAAGCAUGGAUGCUCCUCCACCACGACCAAUGCCACCCCCAGGCAUGGAUGCACCCCCACCACCCCCUCCAGGAAUGGCUGCUCCACCACCCGGAGCUCCACCACCGCCUUAUCCGGACAGUCGCGACUAUGACCCUCGCCCACCAAAGCCCUACCGCAGCAGACGGGCCCCUUCCUACUCCGACUCUUCAGACUCUGAAGCCGAUUACCCACCUCCCCGCCGCAGCCAUCGACGCGAAGCACCACCACGAGACCGCGAUCGUCGCCGCCGAGAUCACGAUUCCUACGACUCCUACGACGAACACUACCCCCCUCGUCGCCAACGCGACGAACCCCGUCCAAGCCGCGAUGGCUACAAAUCCGAAGGCUACAAGUCGGACCGCCGUCGCCGCGAUCCCUACGCUAGCCGUCCUCGCGAGAAGCCCCGCCACGACGACCGAGAUCGACGAGAAAGACGUCGUGACGAUCGCCGCGAUGAUCAGCGCUACGACGACAUGUUUUCGAGCCCUCGCCGUGACAAGCGCGAUCAUUAUCGUGACGAGGAUCGCCAUGGCAGCGGUGACCGGCGCAGGGGCGAUGCCAGAGGCGCUGGGAAACCUGGACAGCCGGAGUGGCAGAGACAGGCUAUUGCCAUGUUCAAGGACUACGCGGUGCCGAUUAUCAAGAAGGAGGGCGUCAAGUAUGUGCAGAAGCAGAUGUCGGGCAUGGGAAGGAGGUGA